AUGCAAAUCAACAACGCCAAACCAUUUCCUUUCGAGUCGCUACCGCAAGAGUUGCGUGACAUGGUCUACAAGAACCUUUUGGAAGAUGUCUCCUACCCCUCACCUGCUAUACCUCAGCCUGCAUCGUCGCUGAAUGGGAUGCUCGCAGGACUUUGGGAAUCUGCUACAAAUUUACGAAACCCGACACAAGCACCGAAACCCAGCAAUUGGAUAUUUCUCGUCAACAAGCAGAUUUACACCGAGUAUAUGGACAUGCUCUGCAAGCAAGGCACCUUCAACCUUACCGUUUCCCCGGAGAACUACCAACCCUCCGCCAAGGAUGACAAGAUCUGGAGCAUCGCUCCUUCAACAUUCAAAAACAUUCACAAAGCCUCCCUCCAAAUAGUUACCACCAGCGCAAUGCUCGGGUGCAUAGACCCGCGCAACAUGGCAUCCUCUUCCUGGGAUCUCGCAGCACGUAUUCGUUUUGAGCUCAGUCUCCUCGAAUCCUGCACGCACCUCACGCUCAACGCGAAAGCCAUCGGCGACCCACUUUGGAACCCCCUAUGGAUAUGGUACCACUCUAGCCAGUCAUUCAAGAAUAUCGGCACCGCACUUUCCGACUGCCCUACAGGGCCCAUGCUGGAUAAGAUCACUUUCAGUCUUGACACAUGGAGUCCAGGCGAGAAUUACCUCGAGAAAGAUGAGGCGAAUAAGGGAGCUUGGACAUGGUAUUGCAUGAAGGAACAUAACGUGGGGCUUGAUGGGGGCCCAGAACAGACAGUCAGGGAGUUCUGCGGGAUGCUAUACCGGGAGUGCAGAACUUGCAGGCCGGCAGAAGAGGGCGAGGCAGAGGAAGAAUGA